AUGCCGGCUUUAACUUCAACAACCAGGUUGCUUGUUCUAGCUGGAAACUCAUUGCCUUCACAGCAAUUGACGUUACUUCCCGUUACUGUAUCGACAUGGGGCCAUUCGGUCAGGUUCUUCAGUCGAGUUGCUAAAGAACACCAUGGCCCUCUCACUCUUGCUAGCGUGGGAUUCAGCAAUCAGCUUGAUGCAGCAACAGACGGUGUUGGGAAGCAAAGUAAAUUUGAGAAGAAUGUGAAACUGACAAGGUCACCUGUUGAUAAUCCAAGGAGUAGAGUGAAGCCGGUUGUUAAGGGGAGGACAUCAGUUGAUGAUAUAGAGCUCCAGGCAACAACAGACAGCGAUGGAAAGAGUAGAAAAGCUGAGAACUAUGUGAAAUUAACACGAUCUCCAGUUGACAAGCCAAAGAGUAAGGCCAAGCCGGUUAGUAAAGUGAGAGCAUCGGUUGAUGACAUAGAGCUCGCUCCGUUUUCAGCGAAGUCAUUCUCCGAGCUUGGCCUGCCACCAUUGCUGAUAGAGAGAUUAGAGUCUGAAGGCUUCAAGGUUCCAACCGAUGUGCAAUCUGCUGCAAUUCCAACUAUCCUAAAAGACCACGACGUUGUUAUACAGUCUUACACUGGGUCGGGCAAAACAUUGGCGUAUCUCCUUCCUAUACUAUCCAGAAUUGGACCACUGAAGGAUGUCAAUUCCUCUUCUCAUUCUAAAGACAAUGGUGGCGGCAAGAAGAGGAAUGACAUAGAAGCAGUGAUUGUGGCACCAUCUCGAGAGCUCGGAAUGCAAAUCGUGAGGGAGGUCGAGAACAUCUUGGGACCUGAAAACAAGAGAGCUGUUCAACAGCUCGUUGGUGGUGCAAACAGGUCCAGACAGGAAGAAGCUCUCAAGAAGAACAAGCCAGCAAUCGUAGUGGGGACGCCUGGGAGGAUAGCCGAGAUUAGCGCAGCUGGCAAGCUUCACACCCAUGGCUGUCGUUUCCUGAUCCUGGAUGAAGUCGACGAGCUCCUCUCAUUCAACUUUCGAGAAGCAAUGCGGAGGAUACUGGAUCACGUUGGAAGGAAAUCAGAGCGUCGCACUGUAUUGGUCUCUGCCACAGUGCCAUUUGCAGUGAUAAGAGCUGCCAGAAGUUGGUCGAAUGACCCAGUUCUGGUUCAAGCAAAGAAAGUAACCCCGCUGGAAUUGGUUUCUCCGUCUGGACCGGUUGAUUCAACACAGCCUGCAUCGGAUUCAAAUCCAGGACCGUCAGAAAGCUUGCCUCCAUCUCUGAAGCACUACUAUUCUGUGGUGAAGUUGCAGCACAAGGUGGAUGCUCUGAGGAGGUGUGUCCAUGCGAUGGACGCUAAGUGUGUGAUAGCCUUCAUGAACCACACUAAACAGUUGAAGGACGUGGUGUACAAGCUGGAGGCGAGAGGGUUGAAUGCUGCGGAGUUGCAUGGAGAUCUUGGGAAGCUUGGGAGGUCCACAAUCAUGAAGAGGUUUAAAAAUGGGGAGCUGAGAGUACUUGUGACGAAUGAGCUGUCGGCAAGGGGUUUGGAUGUACCCGAAUGUGAUCUCGUGGUUAAUCUGGACUUGCCUACCGACUCGGUCCACUAUGCUCAUCGUGCUGGCCGGACUGGGAGGCUAGGGAGGAAGGGCGUCGUGGUGAGCAUUUGUGAAGAGUCGCAGGUGUUUGUUGUGAGGAAGAUGGAGAAGCAGCUUGGUGUGGCAAUUCGUAGCUGCGAGUUUACGGAGGGGAAAUUUGUCACCGAUGGAGAAGAGAGAGAAGAGAGCACGAUGGAUGAUGCCAGUGGUUCUGAGAUGGUUCAGCAAGAAGCUUGUUCUCCAUGA